AUGACGGGCAGGGCGCCUCCCUCCCCCACACCCCGGCCGCGCGCGCCCGCCCCGGCGGGGCGGGCGCCGGUGGGCCUCCGCGGGUUCCGCGUCGAGCUGCGCAGCUACGACCAUCGCGAGGCGGACGCGGUCUGCUGGACGGCCAGCCGGACGGGGUCCGGGGACGACGUCCGGCUCCAGCACUUCAACCUCGGCUGCCUCCGCGCCAACGGCAAGUACCUCCCCUGGAACAACGGCGCCAGCAUCGGCCACAUCGACGGCGCCAGCACGAUGAUGCACUGGGUCGUGGAGCCCAUCCCCGCCCGGGAGACCAUGCCUCCCCUCCCACGUUCGACCGGGCUUACCCUCCCCCGGGCCGUGCUGCCGUCGCGGCAGAUCGUGUACGUGUGGACGGACAACCACGGGGACCUCAUCACCAGCGGCUGGCACACGUUCAGGGGGAGAUCCGUGUUCCGCCUGAGGAAGGAGCUGGCCAGGCUGCUCAACGCCGUCCAAGUCUUGGGCGUCGGCGACCUCGUCUUGUGCCUCCCCACACGUGAUGGCCGGCUUUUCCCACUCCUCGUCGACCUGCCCAACAACCGCCAGCCCCUCCACGUCGUCGUCGUCAUCGCCGGGACGCCUCUUCACGCGCGGCUGCGGUAUGCGGAUGUCGAUGCAGAGUAGAGAGAUACCCCUACAAGUCGCUUUCCUGUCCACGUCUUCAGAAGUGUCGCCGCCUCAGACACGAUGACAUUAGAGCCCGGUUCCUUCCGUUGAGAUAUGGGUUCAGGAAAACCCAGCAGUUGUUGUGUUUCUGCUAGCUAAGCUAAACUUGGUUUGUUCUCCUGACAGUAGGAAACCUAUUUGCGUUGGCAUCACGGUUCUAAAAUUCUGAAACUGUUUGAACAAUGAUGCAGUGACAUCAGCCUGUAAUGUGUUGACAAUUGCCACUA